AUGCCAAGAAUCACAAACACGGCACAUAUGCAUUCACACCGAUCCAAAUCUAAGGUCUAGCUAGCAGCUAGCUAUAUACCAUAUACUAUCUCCUACGUGAUCAGUUCGUCCGCCAGCGAUCAACCGACGAUGAGGGAGCUGAUCCGGAGGCUGAGCUUCUCGGACCGGGUGAGCGACGGCAGCGGCGGCGUGCCGCGCGGGUGUGUGCCGGUGCUGGUGGUGGGCGACGGCGACGAGGAAUGCGAGCGGUUCGUGGUGCGGGUGGAGGCGCUGCGGCACCCGUCGCUGGCGGCGCUGCUGGAGAUGGCAGCGCAGGAGUUCGGGUACAAGCAGGAGGGCAUCCUCCGCGUCCCCUGCGCCGUCAACCAGUUCAGACAGGCGCUCACCACCGCCGCCGUCUCCAAGAACUACUGAUUACUAAUUAAUUCUCUAGCUGAUCAAUCAAGCAGACCGAACCUUAUCGAUCGAUUGGCUUUCUGGGUACUUGAGGAGCGAUUCUUCUGUGCUGUUGACUAGUUGAGUCUCCUCCCCAUCUUUUAUUCUCUUUCCAUUUUGUUUUCUUCUGGUUGGGGAAUGACAUGAGAUGGUUGCCUGCCAUAUGUAUGCAUGUGGGCUGUAUAACGCGAACUGUCAUUUACAGUUA